GUCUCAAAAUGGAGGUAAAACCGCCGCCCGGUCGCCCCCAGCCCGACUCCGGCCGCCGCCGCCGCCGCCGGGGGGAGGAGGGUCAUGACCCAAAGGAACCUGAGCAGUUGCGAAAACUGUUUAUUGGUGGUCUGAGCUUUGAAACUACAGAUGAUAGUUUAAGAGAACAUUUUGAGAAAUGGGGCACACUCACAGAUUGUGUGGUGAUGAGAGACCCCCAAACAAAACGUUCCAGGGGCUUUGGUUUUGUGACUUACUCCUGUGUUGAAGAGGUGGAUGCAGCAAUGUGUGCACGGCCUCACAAGGUUGAUGGGCGUGUAGUGGAACCAAAGAGAGCUGUUUCAAGAGAGGAUUCUAUUAAGCCUGGUGCCCAUUUAACAGUGAAGAAAAUUUUUGUUGGUGGUAUAAAAGAAGACACAGAAGAGUAUAAUUUGAGAGACUACUUUGAAAAGUAUGGCAAGAUUGAAACCAUAGAAGUCAUGGAGGACAGGCAGAGUGGGAAAAAGAGAGGAUUUGCCUUUGUAACUUUUGAUGAUCAUGAUACAGUUGAUAAAAUUGUUGUUCAGAAAUACCACACUAUUAAUGGGCAUAAUUGUGAAGUGAAAAAGGCUCUUUCAAAACAAGAGAUGCAGUCUGCUGGAUCACAGAGAGGUCGUGGCGGUGGAUCUGGCAACUUUAUGGGUCGUGGAGGAAACUUUGGAGGUGGUGGAGGGAACUUUGGCCGUGGUGGGAACUUUGGUGGAAGAGGAGGCUAUGGUGGUGGAGGUGGUGGCAGCAGAGGUAGUUAUGGAGGAGGUGAUGGUGGUUAUAAUGGUUUUGGAGGUGAUGGUGGCAACUAUGGCGGAGGUCCCGGUUAUAGUAGUAGAGGGGGCUAUGGUGGUGGAGGACCAGGAUAUGGAAACCAAGGUGGUGGUGGUGGAUAUGGUGGAGGUGGAGGAUAUGAUGGUUACAAUGAAGGAGGAAAUUUUGGCGGUGGUAACUAUGGUGGUGGAAACUAUAAUGAUUUUGGAAAUUACAGUGGGCAACAGCAAUCAAAUUAUGGACCCAUGAAAGGAGGGGGUAGUUUUGGUGGAAGAAGCUCUGGCAGUCCUUAUGGUGGUGGUUAUGGAUCUGGUGGUGGAAGUGGUGGAUAUGGUAGCAGAAGGUUCUAAAAUUUCAGAAGAAAAGGGCUACAGUUCUUAGCAGGAGAGAGAGCGAGGAGUGUCAGGAAAGCUGCAGGUUACUUUGAGACAGUCGUCCCAAAUGCUAGAGGAGCUGUAAAAUCUGCCACAGAAGGAGCGAUGAUCCAUAGUCAGAAAAGUUACUGCAGCUUAAACAGGAAACCCUUCUUGUUCAGGACUGUCAUAGCCACAGUUUGCAAAAGUGCAGCUAUUGAUUAAUGCAAUGUAGUGUCAAUUAGAUGUACAUUCCUGAGGUCUUUUAUCUGUUGUAGCUUUGUCUUUUUCUUUUUCUUUUCAUUACAUCAGGUAUAUUGCCCUGUAAAUUGUGGUAGUGGUACCAGGAAUAAAAAAUUAAGGAAUUUUUAACUUUUCAAUAUUUGUGUAGUUCAGUUUUUCUACAUUUUAGUACAGAAACUUUAACAAAAUGCAGUUUUGAAGGUGUUUCCUUGUGAGUUAACAAGUAAAGAAGAUCAUUGUUAAUCACUAUUUUGUAUGAAUUUUGCUAAAGUUAACUGUAAAGAAACACCUGCUGACUUGCAGUUUAAGGGGAAUCUAUUCUCCCAUUUCCAAACCAUGAUACGAAUGGGCGCUGACACGUGAAGAGAAUAGAUAUUUGUAUGUUUGCAAUGUGUGUUUUAGAUAACAACUAGGAUUGGGUAUUUCAAUUAGUAUAUUUGUGAAUUUAAUAGCAUUAAGAUUUACCUUCAAUGAAAAAAAAAUCUCAAAAUUCCUAUAUGGUUUUUGUGAAUUUUCUUUAAAAAUGUAUUUCAGAUAUCACUUAGUGUUAGCCUUGCUAAGAGUCCUAGCUGUGUUCAGAAAAUACACAUUUACUUUGGUCACAUUGGAACUGCUGCCAUAAUUUUAUUUGAGUGUAACUGUCUGCUGCCCCUUGCUUAAAUUCUGGAAUGGGGUAGUGGUUUUUUUUACCCGUCGUUCUUACUUUAAAAACCAUUCUUAAAUAAACUUUAAAGUAACAGACCACUAAGACUGCUGUAUCCAAGCACAUUAGUGGUUAUCUUUUAAAAACAUUCUUUUUGAAGCACAAGAGGCAUAACAAAUCUUCAGUUUUUUUCCCUUGGUUUAAUUUUUAAAAAUUGAUACAAGCUCGCAGAGCAAGAGAAUAAAAAUCAUGCAUUGUUGAACCCUUCA